CCAGCUCUUAUUGUCCACUACCUACUCAAAAAGUAUCCAUUUACAUUUUGAUUAUUUUCUAUUUGCUGUAAUACAUCACAAGGAAAAUGUACAUAUUCAUUUUCCUGGAAAACUCAUUCCUUCUCAAUUUCCAUGGAAUAUUUGUGGUUUCUUUAAACGCGAAAAACUAUCUUCGAUUCCAAUACAGAAACCUUACAGUUGGAGUAUUUACGAGUCAGGCUAUAGAUGUGAAUGUCAUCGGAGAAUGGAAAGCCGAUCUGGGCUGGGAGGUGACCUGCGGUUGGCAGACCUUGCCCAACGACACGCUGCAGUCCGUAAGAUUGUACAAUAAUGGCCAGCAGUUCAUGAUAUUUAGACCAGAAAAGCACGGGACCUCUCGAAGCGAAGUAUUCCGAACACCAGAGAACUUUAUGAACGUAGAUUGCACCACUACAGCAGACAGGGGUCAGCAAGGAAAGUGUACUCUGAUCCUCGAACCUUACCAACCCCCGGUGUAUGACUUCACAUAUACGUGUGAAGUUAGCGGCGAGCGACCGAUGUUUAGGAUGGGCAAGAAAGACUUUUACGUCAGGGUUUUAGUGCCACCAUCAGACGCCGUGUUGCACGUGAAAGCUCCAGAAAACCCAUCAUCUCCAAUCGUGACUAUAAACUGUUCGUCUACUGGCCUCCCAGCGCCAUCUUUGUCUUGGACCGUUGGUGGUGAUAAGGUCCAAGCAGAUUUCACCAAACGCGAUUGGAACGCAACAUCAAAACUCUGGCAGUCCUGGUCCACACUAUCCUUCACUCGGUCUGGUGACUCCAAUACAGCUACAUGCUUACCUGAAGUUAAAUCUAAUAAUGAGACAAUUAAGGGAAAACCCGCUGUGUAUAAUUCUGCUGGAAGUUUGUAUGGUAUCAUAAAAUUAACAGUCUUCACCAUGAUGAUCCUGCACCGAUUAAGCUGAUAAAAAGGAAUUUCAAAAAUGGAAGUUACUUAAUAAAACACGUUUUCCAGU